CACAUUUGAUCUAGCCCCCCUUCCCUUUGCAAGCGCCACCGCCCUUCACUUCCUUCUUCCCUUCGUACGCCCUCCGCACCUAGUGCAUUCCCUCCCCCAUUCCCGUUUCCCCCUUCCUAACCUUUUCGCAUCAUGUUCGGUGGCUUUCCCGGUAUGGAGGGCAUGGGCAUGGGUGGCGGUCGUCGUCGCAAGGUCGACAACAACAAGUAUUACGAGGUUUUGGGCGUUGCGAAAGAUGCCCAACCGAAUGUCAUCAAGAAGGCUUACCGCAAGCUCGCCAUGACGCAUCACCCGGACAAGGGCGGCGACGAGGAGAUGUUUAAGGAGAUCCAAACCGCCUUCGCCGUGCUCGGCGAUGAGGAGAAGAGGCAAGUAUACGACGAAUACGGCGAGGAGGGUCUUCGCGACGGCGGUGGGCCGUCGGACGCACAUGACUUGUUCUCCGCCAUGUUUGGCGGUGGCGCCCACUCUCACCGCGGCCCUAGGAAGGGCGACAACGUCGUCCAUUCCCUACGUGUCACCUUGGAAGACCUCUACAAGGGAAAGAUGAGCAAGCUGGCUAUCAUCCGUAACCGGGUCUGCCAGACUUGCAACGGCAUCGGCGCCAGUCGGCCCGAAGGCGUGUCAACGUGUAGUACGUGCCAUGGCCGCGGUAUCCAGGUCACGCUGAAUCAGAUCGGACCUGGGAUGGUCCAGCAGGUCCAGAAUCAUUGCUCUAGAUGUAGGGGUCUCGGCGAGAUUAUCAUUGAGAGGUAUCGCUGCGGUUCGUGCGCCGGCGAUAAGGUCUCGAAGGAGAGGAAGGUCUUGGAGGUCUAUGUGGAUAAGGGCAUGCAGAACGGCCAGAAGAUUACCUUCAAUGGCGAGGCUAACGCUAAUCCCGGACUCACGGCGGGAGAUGUUGUCGUCGUGCUCAAACAGGAGGAUCAUCCAGUUUUCACCCGCAAGGACAAUAAUUUGAUCAUGGAUAAGGAGGUUACGCUUACCGAUGCGCUCUGUGGAUUUGAGUUUCACAUCAAGCAGCUGGAUGGCCGGCUCUUACAUGUCAAGUCUCCGGCUGGCUCGGUACUCACGCCGGGGCUCGUCAAGAGCAUCCCUCAAGAGGGUAUGCCGACGUGGAGGAAUCCGACGGAGCGCGGCUUCUUGUUUAUCAAAUUUUCAGUUAAGUUCCCGAGCUUUGUUGGCCCCGAGCAAGCGGCCGUUCUCGAAAAAGUUUUGGGUUCUCGCACACCGCUAUCGCCGGUUGGAAACGCCGAGGUGGAUGAGGUGCGCAUGAUAGAUUUCUCUAACGAGCACGUGCGUCCUGUUCACGCGAACGGCUCUGCUUACGACGAAGAUGAAGAUGAUCAACCCCGAGUGCAGUGCGCUCAAGGCUAAUUUUAACCAAAAUCUGCUCGCAUAGCGAUGCCAUGUAUCGUAUCGACGAAUAAAUAUGCACUAUGCAUUGGACACGCCCUUAGUCUAGGUCACAGCAGAAGUACUUCUUGGCAGAAAGCUAAUACACAAACGUCCGAUUGCGGGGACGCUAGGAAAGAAUGGUCGAGUAGGUGAUAUCUUGUUCACAGAAGUUCUUCAUCCAACCAUCGACACGGGUU